AUGUACAAGCAACUUAUUUUAUUGAUAGUGUUGAUUUCUUCGGCACAUCUGGGCAAUUCAAUGAGAUGGAGGCGAGCUAACCGGCUUUGUGCACCAAAUCAGCCAUUCGACGAUGAUUGUAAUACUUGUGUAUGCGACGAUACAGGCACAGAUGCUGUUUGUACGCUGAUGGCGUGUCAUAGAUGUAAGAAAAUAAAAUCAUUUCACUUGAAUCAUGAUCAAAGUAGA